AUGAGCGGAGGAGGAACGCCGUACAUCGGCAGCAAAAUUAGCCUAAUCUCCAAGGCCGAGAUCCGCUAUGAAGGAAUUUUAUACACUAUUGACACCGAAAACUCGACAGUAGCUCUUGCUAAAGUUCGCUCUUUUGGCACUGAAGACCGGCCCACCGACAGGCCUAUUCCACCUCGGGAUGAAGUGUUUGAGUACAUCAUUUUCAGAGGAAGUGAUAUUAAAGACCUAACAGUAUGUGAGCCACCCAAAGCCACUAGCACUCUGCCUCAGGACCCUGCCAUUGUUCAAUCAUCACUUGGAACCAGCAAUUCUGCACCUCCACCACCAUUCCAGUCAGCAGGACCCUAUGCUCCUCCGUACAGCAGAGCCCCUGUCCAACCAUACAGUCAGUUUGGUGUGACACCGCUCGCAGCUCAGCAGUUUGGCUCUGCUGCAACCGGGGGACGAACCAGUCCCCAGCUGGACUCUUUAAAAAAACCUCCUACCCUGGAGCAGACAGUGCAGGGUCCUUCAUCAGCUGCAGCUGCACCACCUGUACCUGUAGGACAGAGGAGUCAGGCUGUAGCCCCUAGACCCAUCAUCAACACCACUGGCAGCCAGAAGCCCCCAGACCUCCUGGAGCAGAGAAAAGCUCCUGAGGUUCAAAAGGUGUCUCAGCCAGAUCAUGAACAUGGAGCUGUUGAAAACCGAGAUCCCAACAAGCACCAAGCUUCUGCUGCUGCUCAGUCAAUGCGCCGCGGCCGUGGUAGAGGAAACCGGAGCAGAGGCAAGAUGAACGUGCGCAGGGAUGGCCCCAUGAAGUUUGAAGAAGACUUUGACUUUGAGACUGCCAACGCCCUGUUUCACAAAGACGAGAUUGACAAAGAGCUUCAGAACAAGCUCAAGCUGAAGGAUGACAAGCCUGAAAAGGCGCUGAAUGGAGAAGAAACUGCUGAGUCAGAAAAUCCAGCCAAUGAGGGGACCAAUGAGGAGGAGGAGGCUGCGAUAAACUCAUGUUACUACGACAAGACCAAGUCCUUCUUUGAUAACCUGUCCUGUGAUGAUCUGAGUAAAGGGGGGGAUAGAGGAUUUUCACGGGAGAGAAGGUCAAACUGGGCAGAAGAGAGGCGAAUGAAUUCUGAGACUUUCGGCAUCCCUCUAAGGCACAGCCGAGGAAGAGGUGGUUAUGGUUACCGUGGCCGAGGCUUCAUGGGGCCCAGAGGAGGCCGAGGGCGCCCGCUGAGCAGAGGCUCUUUCGGGCCACCUCGGGGCCCUCCACCUGGUUUCCGAGGCGGAUUCAGAGGCGGCCGAGGAGGACGGGACUUCUCUGAUUUUGAAUACAGGAAGGAGAACAAGGUGGCUGCAUAGUACAGCUUUGGUGGAUCCACAGAAUAGAAGCCCUGCAUCAUGAAAUAGUUCCUGUUGAAGAAGGUCUUUGGUUUCAGGAUUCGACACAGAAUGAAGACAUCCUCUCAGUCACCAGCACUAACGUCGUGUGCUUUACUCGAGGGGAUGCGAGUGCAGCUCCCUGUCCUCCACUCUGAUAAACAGGCUCUUUUUGUUUUCUCUUCUUUGUUUACCCCACUCACACCUGUAUAUAAAUAGCUCUGGAAUACCAGUAAUCCUGCAAUUUGUGCAUCAAUCAAGUUAAUUUCUUCCUGAAAGUGUCUUUGAUAUUGAAAGCUGAGUGGAUCACAGUUCUUGUGAUGGAUAGCUUUAUUUUCUUAUUGUCAUCGUAGUUCUCAGAUUUCAUUAGUUUGGUUGAUAUUUGUUCAGUAUUUUUCACUUUGUUAGCAGAAAACUUUUUUUUUGGACAUUCAUAAUUUCACAUUGAAAAGGCAAGAGGAACAUCCUGAACUGAAUAUUGUUAUGAAUGUAAAUCUUCUACUUACUGCUCCCCCCCACACACACACACACACACACACACACACACACACACACACACACACACACACACACACACACACACACACACACAGCAAAAUGUGACUCGCUCAAAAGUUCAAGUUUAGAGUUUCAGAAAUGUGCAUUCAGAAGAUCUGACUGUAACCCUCAAACCUCCUGGAUCAGAUGAACUCUGUUUUUUUGCUUUACAUUUCCAGCUGAACUUCUGAUUGAGGUUUUACAGAGUUCACUUUCGAGGUAUUUGUUGGCAGUAGAUUUUGUUGACUGGGUUUCUAAUAAGGGAGAGUUUCCUUGAUUUUUGUCUGAGGAUGAGGAAUAUCCAUGACUAUAAAAGCCUCUAGAAAGCCUUGAGUUAAUUCAGACCAAACCUGCAGCCAGGCUGACCUUGAACAAGUUAGAUUCGGAUUAAAAAUGUUUUGCUAUUUUGCCAAAAAGGAACUCUUAAACAUUUAGUUGAGUUGAAGUCAUUCACAGCCCAAAAAUACAGGUUUUGAUUUUUAGUUGUUGACUUUUCUUUAUGUCCAAACAACAUGAGCGGUUAGUUAAAGCAUUCUGUAAAAGCAUUCAGCUUCCUUGAAAUUGUCUUACAGUUGUGUCAUGUGCAUUGUUAUUGUUUCCAGUGCAGACCUGAGUACCUGCAGUGAUGUCAUGAUGUUAGCUGAAAAAUGGGAUUCUUGUAAAUGGAUUGAAAAAUGUCAAAGAAGACGUUCAGUAAUAAUGAAAAAAGUUCUGCUAGAUAUCAGCUCACUGGCUUGUUUGUAGCUCCUCUUGUUGCAUUGUUGGCGAUGUGAUUGUUCUCUUGAAUCAACACUUACUUUUUUUUUUACUCGUUUGCGAUCAAAGGGACUAGAACUGGAUGUGGUGCCAGUGUGCUGGAUGGAGGGUGAAUAUUACUUAAGUCUUUUGAGCUCUGAUCUGUUAUUACUUUAGAGACUUCAGAGUGAUUUUAUACAACUCUCCCUUUAACGACGCUGACAGAGUAUUGAAAGCACUACGAGGUGAAAUGGUGAAAAGGUUUCACAGAUUGCUCAUCACUGCAUGAUAGCCAGCACCAGGUACCAUCACUUUAUAUGAGCUUUCUUAAUAAACCAACAAUGCUGAAUUGGAGACGAAACUCAUGACUGAACUUAUAGCUGAUGUGUUUUUCAUAUGUUUGUUACUCCUUCCAGUCACUGGAAUUGUAAACCAGAAAUUGUUUUCUUGAGAAUAUCAACAAAAUUGAGUUUUUACGUAAAAUAAAGAGUUGUACAAUAUCA